AUGCCAGGCAGGAUCAAAGCUUUAGACGAGACAGUCGUUAAUAAAAUUGCUGCUGGGGAAAUUAUUAUAUCCCCUGUCAAUGCUUUAAAAGAAAUGAUGGAAAACUCCAUUGAUGCUAAUUCGACUAAUAUUGAUGUAAUAACUAAAGAUGGUGGUAUUAAAUUGCUACAAAUAAGUGAUGAUGGUUCGGGAAUAGACAAAGAAGAUCUCCCGAUUUUAUGCCAGCGUUUCACAACAUCCAAGUUGAAUAAGUUUGAAGACUUGCAAAGUAUCAAUACCUAUGGUUUUCGUGGUGAAGCUCUGGCAAGUAUCUCACAUAUCGCCAGAGUUACUGUCACUACCAAAACAAAAAGUGAUAAUUGUGCGUGGAAGGUUAGUUAUGCUGAAGGAAAAAUGCUUGGAGAGCCUCAACCAACAGCGGGAAGAGAUGGAACCGUUAUUUUAGUCGAAGACUUAUUCUACAAUAUGCCAUCCAGAUUGCGCUCAUUAAGAUCUGGAAAUGAUGAAUAUUCAAAAAUAGUUGAUGUCAUGGGUAGAUAUGCAGUGCAUUCUGAAAAUAUAGGUUUUUCCUGUAAGAAAUUGGGGGACUCUAACUUUACUUUAGCAAUACGGUCUCAUGCGAAGCAACAAGAUAGAAUUAGAAUAGUGUUUGGGAAAAAUGUAUCAAGCAAUAUGACAGAAAUUGCUAUGGCUGAUGACAUCAAUUUAGAACUAAAAUCUGUGAAAGGACAAGUGAGUGAUUUGAACUUUGUUAUGAAAAAAUCAGUAACUCCUACUUUUUUUAUAAAUAACAGAUUAGUAAGUUGUGAUCCUUUAAGAAGAUCAAUAUACCAAGUUUAUACAAAUUAUUUGCCCAAAGGCUCUAAACCGUUUGUAUACCUAAGUUUACUCAUAAACCCAAAAUCAGUGGAUGUAAAUGUUCAUCCAACUAAGAGAGAAGUGAGAUUUUUAAACCAAGAUGAGAUUAUUGAGAAAAUUACAACCUACCUGAAUGAAGAACUGUCAAAGUUGAACACAUCUAAAACAUUCAAAACAGGAUCAUUAUUAAGCAGGCAAUUGACUAGAUCGCAACCUGUGAAGUCAUUGAACAGUUCAACAAUAGCAGCAAACAAUGCAUCUAAUGCCAGUUCACUAAAUAAAAAAAUAUACGAACACAAAUUAGUAAGAACUGAUGCCAAUCAAAGAAGUAUCACAACUUUUCUAAAGCCUAAUGUUUCUAGCAGUUAUGACAAUAUUGUGAAGACGCAAGUAAUACCUUCGAAGCGUAAAAUAUUAGAGGAAUCAUUUCAUGACCCAACUAUAGAUUCUAAUAAUAGUGAACAAACUAACGGUGAUGAUACUUUAACAAACAAAAUAUUGAAAAGAAGUACACGAUCUGUGAUGGAGGUGAAUGAAGCUACAGCUACCGAUGAUGGAAGUGUGAACAUAUCCGAACAAACUAUCAAUGAAGUUGAAAUUCGUAACAGCGUUACUGACUCUAAUGAUAAACAAUUUAACCCUACUGUGGAAACUUCUAAAACCGAUGUUGAUUAUGAAGAAGAAUCCAUAACACAGGUAGAUGAGUCUAAACCGUCUGAGUACACAAUUAUAGAUAAAAAAAGAACGGAUGUGAACCUUUCAAGCAUUAAAACACUAAAGGAAAUGGUAGAUAAUGCAUCACAUAUGGAACUAACAAAUAUCUUCGCGAACCUAACUUAUGUGGGACUUGUAGAUCCAAGGAGGCGGCUGGCAUCGAUUCAAUACGAUUUAAAACUUUUUUUGGUAGAUUACGGUGCUAUUUGUUAUGAAUUGUUUUAUCAAAUUGGGUUGACUGAUUUUGCUAACUUUGGGCAAAUUAAUCUUUGUACUGAGAACGAAGAAAGUCUAACUAUUUAUAACAUAUUAAAAUCUUUUGAGGUACUGAAGGAUAAUGAAAUCUCUAUCAAAUCGAUAAUUGAACAAUUUAUUACAAUGAGGGAUAUGUUAGAAGAGUAUUUUUCAAUUAAGAUAGAUUUUAUUGACAAGGAUCAAAAGGAUUAUAAAACGGCAAGACUAGCUUCUUUACCAUUGUUGUUAAAAAGAUACACCCCAUCGUUAUCGAAGCUUCCUUUCUUUCUAUAUAGGAUGGGUACAAAGGUGAAUUGGAAGAGCGAAGAAGAAUGCUUAGAAGGUAUACUAAAACAAAUUGCAUUGCUAUAUAUUCCAGAAAUCAUUACUGAAGAUGUCGACAAUAAUGAUAUGCAAGAUAGCACAAUGAUAGAUUCUGUUAAAAUGACAGCUGUUGCAAAGAAAGAAAAAAUGGCAGAUCUUUUAGAGAAUGUUAUUUUUCCCUGUGUUAAGAGAAGAUUUUUAGCGCCUGAUACUUUACUUAAGGAUGUUGCUGAAAUUGCAAAUUUACCUGGGUUAUAUAAAGUUUUUGAAAGAUGUUAA